UCAUAAUCUCUCUGUCUUCAUGUAUUACACAUUAGCGUUUCGUCAAGUUCUAUAUUAGUACAUAUGCACUGAGCCCACAUUCUGGGUAUUCGAUGGUGAUCGCACAUUUACUUUGUAUGAAGCAUGUCGAUGUGCGGUGCUGUUGCUGAGGCGUGCAGUUUUAAUUAGUAUUACAGAAAAAUAGCCGCGUCUGGCGAUUCAAUUGAGUGAGUCCAUUCUGGAACGGCGGAUCGUCUCGUCGUCAUCGUCUAUCGUCUUCGUCGGGGUCGAAGGAUUUCAACUCUUUCCCAGAGUAGUAGAACUUGUUGCAAUUGGAGGAAUUUUUACACAAUUUUGUGAACUAAUGUUGUAUUACUUGUAACGAAGCGGGCUAAAAUGUGUUCUAGGAUAGUUUUAGUGCAAUUGUUGGCGGUGAGCGUCAUCGCGUUAAGUCACCGAAGCGUGGGUGAAGAAAAACCUCCACUAGUGUUUACUGUAGCGAGUAAUGCAACCGAAGGAUAUUUGCGAUACAUUCGUUCGGCUAAGUAUUAUGGUAUAGAGGUUUCCACACUUGGUCUGGGAAAACCAUGGCUAGGAGGUGACAUGACCCGCCUAGGCGGUGGCUACAAAAUCAACCUGUUGCGAGAUGCCCUGAAACCCUAUAAAGCCGACGAUGACCGCAUCGUAUUGUUCACCGACAGUUACGAUGUUCUGUUUCUGGCAUCCAUGGAGAAAAUCAUCGAAAAAUUCCGAACAUUUGACGCUUCGAUUCUGUUCGGUUCGGAAGGAUUCUGUUGGCCAGAGGAAGACCUGAAAUCCAAAUACCCAGUGCUCGAGGGUAGGGGUACGCGGUUUUUGAACUCGGGAUUAUUCAUGGGAUAUGCAUCGAAGGUGUACCGAAUGCUGAAGACCCCAGUGAAGGAUACGGACGACGAUCAGCUGUACUACACGAAGGCAUAUCUGGAUGAGAAACAACGAAAUGAGCUCAAAAUCAAGCUGGACCACACUGCUGUACUGUUCCAAAACUUGAACGGUGUUGAAGAACAAGUAGUGCUUGCACUUGAUGAGAAUGGAAAAGAAGCCUUCCUCAAGAACACGGAGUAUUCGACGGUUCCUUACAUAGUCCAUGGCAAUGGACCGAGUAAGUUGGUAUUGAACGGCUAUGCCAAUUAUCUAGCAGGUGCAUUCGUUGAUGGAGAAUGCAAAACUAUUAACGAGGAUCUCAUUCAAUUAGAUGAAGAAAAUUUACCAACGGUCAUGUUGGCGUUGUUCAUUGAGAAAGCAACUCCCUUUAUCGAGGAAUGGUUCGAAGGUAUCGCUAAGAUAAAUUAUCCAUCCAAGAAGAUGGAUCUGUUCAUCCACAAUAAUGUCGAUUACCAUAAACCAACAAUCGAUGACUUUAUAGAGAAAUAUAGCAGUAGUUAUCGAUCGUUCCGUAUGGUGGACUACACCGACGAUUAUGAAGAGCUAGCUGGACGAUCGCUAGCUGUGGAUCAGUGCCUUAAGAAGCAGUGCGACUAUCUAUUUGUCGUCGAUGCGGACGGUCACAUUGACGACUCGGAUAUUAUCCGUAAAUUGAUAGUGCAAAAUAAAAGUAUCAUUAGCCCAAUGUUAAACCGUCCAGAGAAAGUAUGGAGCAACUUCUGGGGAGCACUAAGCAGUCAAGGCUUCUACGCUCGAUCAAGUGACUACAUGGAUAUCGUUGGAAGAAAAAUUUUGGGACAGUGGAACGUACCCUAUAUCUCAACCAUCUAUUUAGUAAAAGCAUCCGUUUUGCCUCUGGUCAGUUACGAACUACAAGGCACUGACCCAGAUAUGGCGUUGUGCUGGCAUAUGCGAGCCAAAGGAAUCUUCAUGCACGUGAUCAACGCAGAACAGUACGGCCAUUUGAUCGAUUCUGAUUACUACGAUACGACCAAAACUCAUCCCGAUUUCUAUCAGCUUUUCAACAACAAGCACGACUGGGAACAGAAAUACAUUUCGCCAGAGUAUUACAAACAGUUAGAAAAAGAUUAUGUACAGAUUCAACCUUGCCCCGAUGUGUACUGGUUUGCUAUUGCGUCGGAACUAUUUUGCGAUCACCUGAAGGAGAUUGUGGAAGCUUUUGGAAAAUGGUCGGAUGGAACGCAUACCGACAAACGCUUGCAAGGAGGCUACGAAGCGGUCCCAACGAGGGAUAUUCAUAUGAAUCAAGUUGGGUUGGAGCAGGUUUGGUUGAAGUUCUUACAGCUAUACGUUAAACCCCUGCAGGAGAAGGUCUUCAUUGGAUAUUAUCAUGAUCCCCCACGAUCGCUUAUGAACUUUGUCGUGCGAUAUCGUCCGGACGAACAGCCAUCGCUGAGACCACACCAUGAUUCCUCAACUUAUACCAUCAACAUUGCCCUCAACAGAGCUGGAAUCGAUUACGAGGGAGGCGGCUGUCAUUUCUUGAGAUACAACUGUUCGGUAACCGAUACUCGCAAAGGUUGGAUGUUGAUGCAUCCGGGUCGUCUCACUCAUUUCCAUGAAGGACUGAGAACUAACAGUGGAACACGAUACAUUAUGAUUUCGUUUGUUGAUCCGUGAAUGGCGAAGGAGCCACUGUCAGCGUUGGGUAGGCGCACGAGUCAACCGAAAUUACUUAGUUUAUCGCGUCGACGACAUAUAGUUGUAAUAAACUUAGGGGAACGUUCCCUGUAAGUCAGAACUGCAUUUCAGUUUCGUAAUAUUUAAUGUGCCAUUUUGUCUGAUUAGCAAUUUUCAGUGAGCGAAAACAUUUCGUACAGAGUGAAUGUUUAUAUUUUUAAAAGCAAUAAAAGUAUCAUCAUGACAAUAUA